UUUGCCUCAGUUCACCGCGGACUUUACAAAGAGCUGCACGGUCGUCUCUUCACGCUGCAGGAUUGUUGCUUCUUGUAGGAUAUAAUUAAGUAUGAUCUGAGUUUAAUGUUAAAGUUUUGAGGAGAUUUCAUGUCGAUUUCCUUUAGCGUUCAACCCGUGGUAUGAAUUUCGUCGAUAGCCUGUUAGCUUGUUAGCAAGAUUAAGAAUAUUAAUUGCACUGUUUAGUUUUUCCAACCUUGAAAACAUUAGGCAUCAUUAAGACUUGAAGAAGAAACCCAGAGUGUGAUGGAAAACAGCGCUGAAAACACAGCUGAGAAGGGGACAAGUGUGGCUGUGAAAGGUGAAGCUGUUAUCAAACCAGAUUUCUUAACAACCAAAGAGAAGUUUCAUGGAUUCAUAGACUCUGAGUGGCAGCGUUCAAGAGGAGGAAAUGCAAGUGAAAAUGACACAGUUAAGGAGACACCAGAGACUGGUGUCCAGGAGCCUGAAGCUAAAAGGCUCAAACUGGAACCGGGGAAAGACGGGGCAUGGAAGUCACAUGGCAAACGUCUUCGAGGACAAAAUAAGUCAAGGCCACACACAAAGCCCACCACCUAUGAGGAAAAACGUCUGUGUCUGUCAGUCAUUCAGGACAACAGGCAAUGUCCCUUUGGAGACAAGUGCUAUUUUCAUCACAACGUAGCUGAGUACAUGGCUUUAAAGCCGGCCGAUAUUGCGGAGAGCUGCUACAUCUAUGACACAUUUGGAAAAUGUGCUUAUGGUCUCUCCUGCCGCUUCGCUAAGGCACACACUACACCCGAGUUUAAAACGAUGGAGAACACAGAUCUGGUUAAAGCAUAUGAAGGCAGGAUACUGGUGAAGAACAGCUUGAGUAAAGAGCUCCAGAACCGUCUGAGGAAGCGUUCAGUGGAAUUCAAGAAGUCAGAAGAGUACCUCAAAACACUUUCCAAAAAGACUGAUAAGAAAGAACAGCAUGGCAAUGGUGAAGCCUGUGCAGCUGAAGUAUCUGCAGAUGGAGGGGAGCAGCAUGGAACUCCUGAAGCAGGAAACCAGCUGCAGACGAGCUCAGAUAAACAGCCUCCAGUAAAGACUGUUGGUCCUUUGACUGAUCAAGAUGUCAUCAAGCUGCGACCCAGUGAAAAGAAACAGGUGGAUUUUCAAAACAAGCUCUACCUUGCUCCUCUAACAACUUGUGGAAACCUGCCUUUUCGUCGUAUAUGCAAGCGCUUUGGUGCAGACAUCACCUGUGGGGAGAUGGCCAUGUGCACCAACCUGCUUCAGGGGCAGCAGUCGGAGUGGGCCCUCCUGAAAAGGCAUGAAACGGAAGAUGUCUUCGGCAUCCAGGUGGAGGGCUGCUUCCCUGACACCAUGACGAGAUGUGCAGAGCUCAUCAACAACCACACGGAUGUUGAUUUUGUUGACAUCAACUCUGGAUGCCCUAUUGACCUCGUCUACAAGAAGGGUGGAGGCUGUGGCUUGAUGACACGCACCAGAAAAUUUGAACAGAUAGUCAACGGAAUGAAUUAUGUUCUCGACGUCCCAUUAACGGUGAAGAUCCGCACUGGCGUUCAGGAGAAAUGCAACAUAGCACACAAACUCAUCCCAGAGAUGAAAAACUGGGGCGUCUCCAUGAUCACAUUGCAUGGUCGCUCCAGAGAGCAGCGCUACACUAAGUUAGCUGACUGGGACUAUAUUAAUACCUGCUCCAAGCUGGCCAGCCCCAUCCCCCUUUUUGGUAAUGGAGACAUUCUGUCCUAUGAAGAUGCUGUCAAAGCAAGAGAGACUGGAGUUUCUGGUAUAAUGAUCGCAAGGGGAGCUCUGAUUAAGCCCUGGAUCUUCACUGAGAUCAAGGAGAGCAGACACUGGGACAUCUCGUCCACUGAGCGACUGGACAUCCUCAGGGAUUUCACCAACUUUGGUCUUGAACACUGGGGCUCAGACACUCGAGGCGUGGAGAAGACCCGCACCUUCAUGCUGGAGUGGCUCUCCUUCAUGUGCAGAUAUAUUCCUGUGGGCCUGUUGGAGCGAGUCCCUCAGAAGAUCAAUGAGAGGCCACCAUACUACAUGGGCAGAAACUAUCUGGAGUCACUGAUGAUCAGUCAAAAUGUUGGAGACUGGAUCAGGAUAAGUGAAAUGCUCCUUGGACCUGUACCGAAGAAUUUCAGCUUUUUGCCUAAACAUAAAGCCAACGCCUACAAGUGAUUAUUUUGCUGUUGGACAAUUAAAGAAAUCAUCCAUUUUUAGUUAUACUGACUCUGGGAAUAAGUUGAAUGGUCUGUUUAUUUGACUUGUGCUGCAGUAGUAGAACACAUGAGUGCUUGAAUUGUGUGCAGUAAAAUCUUUUGGCCAAAUG